UUUUUUUAUAUCAUAACAUACACAUUUCUUUUCAUUUUUAUAAUAAGAAUAUGCAUUAGCUCUGCCCGCUAAAAUUUUAUGCCAUUUUUUUACGACACCCGGUACUUAAAGGUAGUACACGAGAAACAGCGUAGCAAAGUAUUAACGCUAGAUGAUACAGUAAAGAUAGGUCUCACGCGUAAUGUGUAAAUAACUUUAACAUAACUAAAUAAUACAGGCUUAAGAUGUUAAUAUAUAGAUAUUUCGCAACAGAUUCUCUAUAUCGAAAUUUCGAAUGUUCGAUAAUAUCGCUGAGAUACCAUAUGCAUAUGUCUAAUUUGUGUACGAACAAAAUUUAAAGUGACCUUCUCUCGAUCACUGCAAUGCUACAUGCAGUUUGCGUAUUUGUAAAUAUCUAACAUAUUAUCUGCGUACAAGAUCGUUGUAUACCUUGUACGCGACCCAUCUCGCUAUUCUUCCUACGAAUCUCUCUCUCUCAUUUCUCCUUUCAGAAUCGUAAUUUCUUUCCUUCCUUUUUUUUUAAAUAAGAAUGCGGCGAGAAUUCUGCGUAAAUGAGACUUUUGCCGAGUGCCGAGAAAGGCUGACAAUAUCGAUGCAAUUGCAAUACGACUUGACUUGACACAAGACAGGAGAUUCAUCGUUUACGUGAAUGAUUGCACACAAUCGAUUUUCAUUCAUUCAUGUCAUCGGAUGUCGUUGAGAGUUUUGCUUAAAUAAACGGAACGAUGCUAUAAUAAAGCCAAAAAGAAAUCAAUGAUAUUUGAUAUUAUAUUACAUAUGUGUAAUAUGUACACAAUAAUAUGUAAUAUUAAAGAAAUAAAUGAGAGUUGCUAAGAAGGAAGAGGCAGCAAUUAGACAGCCUGCAUGACUUUUCAACUUAACAUGACAUUUUCAAUAAAUGUAUAUUUAUUGCCAUUAAAAAUGCGCAAUUUGAAGUAAUUGCUUAUCUAUACAGGGACAUGCAUAUCACGUCCCGCGUUUUGCUGCGGUAUCACUGGCGGAGCGGAGAGUGCCGGAAAUGCCGGAUAUCCUUAUACGUAUGCAUGAUUAAAUAAAACAUUUUCUCUUGCGCUCUUGCGUGCCUCUCAUUAAAUAUGUAAUAGAAUAUUAUUUGUUAUAUUGUCGAAUUCAUCGUGUGUACAUUUGUCAAGUAACUGUUGCCUUACGAUACAUAUGUAUCGGCGCAUAAUGUAACGACGCUGUAUUUUCUUAAACUUUCCCAACGCGUCCUCAGAGGCCCGAAACAGAUUUCAUCGUUUAUUAUUAUAGAGUCUGGUUACGUCGAAGCCACGUGCGCGCGAUUAUAUUUUCCCUCAUCAAAUGACGCCGUGACGUCCGACGAUGUAAUGAAGUCCGAUGUAAGAAGCCAAGCUUCGUUCGGGUCUGCAGUCAGCGGUUUUCCUAGUGCUCCUAACGCACCGAGAAUGUUUGUCGUAUUUGUCUCUCUCAUCUCUCCGUUCCGUUCCUUAAAGUCGCCCUCUCCCUUUCGGUCUUUUAGAGUCUCGUACACGCGCGCACGCACGAAUAUUUCGUGAAUAGCGCACUGUUGAAUUCAAAUAGCACAUGCCGCGCUCAGCAAGCCGCGCACAAUGGGUUCAUUCAGUACGCGAAUCAGUGGUUCUCCAUGGAGGUGAGAAAAAUAGAACGCGAACAAGAGCUUGACAAUUUAUACGAUUAUAACGAACACCGAUUCUGAUAUAUCUGUGCGGGAAGUGCGCGGGAAGAAAUAUCUGAUAAAGAAGAACUGUUAUUUUUAACGAAAUAUUCCGACCGCCUCGGCACUCGGAGAACCAGAGUCAGAGAACGCGAUAUUAUCACGGUGACUCUUGUGAGAUACGCGAGCACAUACGAACGGAAUAAAUAAUACAGUUAUCCGAGAUAACCGCUUUACAUCUUGCGGUUAGUUGAAGUUCUAAAUGUUGGUUCUAAAGUUAGGUCUAAAUUAGUUGAUUGAAGUCGUCGCGUAAUAGCCUACUCUUACUCGUACUCUUAAAACGUAUCUCGUAAUCUCUGAAUUCAAGUUUUUAACGGUGCGUAACUCCAAUCGAAAGUGGAGGCACGGCAUGUCAUCUCAAGAUGAGACAACCGACGUCGGCGACGGCCGACUUAUUAUGUACACAAUGAUUACGCGGACCUUUUAACUUUGGAAAGUAUUAUAUUUACUUUACGAUAGUUGGCGUGCCUGUCGUGCCUGUCGUGAGGAAACAUCUUUAUUCUCAACUUCGCGAGCAUCCUCAACCCGUCGAACGAUUCGACGAGCGUUGGUUAGAAGCUGGAGUUUAUUGUGUAAAAAUUUCCUCGACUCUUUUCCCGGGAUUCCGGGACUAGACGAGAAAUUGUCUAGUAGCUGGAAACAAGGAAACAAUACAGCUAAUUUGAAUCGCGUACAUUUUCUUCCACGUCAUUUUUGUGACUAAUGUGGCUAACCACGUAACUUAUCUAUCACACACGUGCAAUCUUGAGAACUUGUAUAUUAUCUCAGCGGUUAUCGCUCGUCACACAGAAUUUGCAAAGAAUAAAAUGAAAUCCGCUCGACUUGAAAGAAAAAUAUUCCUUUAAAAAAAAUAACAUGUAACGGUUGUGUACACACACACACACACACACGCAUUUCGAUCAGAUCGGCACAAGUCAAGUUGAAUUUUCACACAUAGUAACCUGAGCACAGCCGGCACGGAGCACGGCACCGUCGUCGUUUGCGGAGGGGAUGAAAAAAGGCGGUAGGGUGAGAGUUGUAUUUGUCAAGGACCACUCCUUCCGAUUGUUCGGAAGACCCUUUGUAAUCGUUGACAGCUGCUGCUAGCCUGCCCAGCGGAGCAUAUUCGAGCUAUAUCAGCGAGGCGCUGAUUUCGCGCGUAGGAUGAGGAUUCGCUUGUUUUGCACUCGCUAAAAGAUGGGGAACGACACUAUCCUCGAGGUCGCUUCGGAUGACGGAUACUUUAAGCCGUAUGCACGACCUGUAACGAUCGCCACUGCCGUUUGCGCUGUCAUAUUCAGCAUAGUUGGAGUGCUAGGCAAUUUAAUAACGGUAAUAGCAUUAUUAAGAUACACGAGAUUAAGGCGACACGCCACCACGGCAUUCGUCAUAAAUCUUAGCAUCUCCGACUUGAUAUUUUCGGCGAUCAAUUUGCCUUUAACCGCCAGCAGAUACUUGAACGAGGCAUGGGUUCUAGGCAAGACCCUGUGUCAAAUAUUUCCUUUAUUUUUUUAUGGGAAUGUCGCCGUAUCCCUACUCAGCAUGGUGGCCAUUACUAUCAAUAGAUAUAUAUUGAUCUCACGUUCGGACAUCUACGCUCGUUUAUAUACCAACCGCGGUAUAAUGUGGAUGUUAAUAGCGAUAUGGAUGCUAAGCUUCUCGCUCUUGCUGCCACCAUUGUUGGGUAUCUGGGGUACUCUAGGACUGGACUCGGCCAGCUUUUCCUGCACCAUCCUGAAGAAAAACGGUUCUAGCCCGAAAAAGUUCUUAUUCGUUCUGGGCUUCUUGUUACCGUGCGUGGUGAUAAGUGUUUCGUACCUCUGUAUAUAUUGGCGCGUGCGAAGAAGUCGGAAGAAUCUCGAGGCACACGCGCCGAAGGAGCGACGGGGUGGCUUCCAACGUAGGGAGGACUCUAGAGUAACCAAACUAAUGCUCACCAUCUUUCUGUGUUUUCUGAUUUGCUUCAUGCCGCUGAUGCUGAUGAACGUGAUCGACGACAAAAUGCGAAUUCCGGUGCUUCAUAUCGUGGCGUCUGUGCUCGCUUGGGCGUCCGCGGUGAUAAAUCCAUUUAUUUAUGCUGGUACUAACAAACUGUACAGAGAAGCAUACAAACAGGUACUGUGCCCUGCAUCGAGCAGAACUCUUACGGUCGGCCCCAAGCCGACACACUCCCAUUCCAGUAAAGUUUCGUCACCGCAUACAACGUAAGCGUUUAACGUUUGUUUCUGUACAAUAGCGUUCUUGUCGGAGAUGAAAGCGAACGAGAAAAUUCACGGUCAAUUCACAGUGAUAUCGUCCUUUCUUAUUCUUUAUACAGUAAGCAUAUUGUAAGAUUAUAAUAAGAAAUGACAAGAGCGUAGAGCUUCUUAUUUCGCGAAAUUCACAUUAAACUAGUAAAUGGAGGAUUAUGAAGGUGUAGAUUACUCGCUAAAGAUGCGAGACUGUGUGUGUAUAUGUAUGUACACCUUUCUUUGAUUCAAAUAAACAAAUGAUCGCGAGGAAUAAUGAAGAAUUCAACGAACUUUGAGAGAUAACUAUUCGUCAGGUAUGGAAAAUAUGAAAGAUAGAAUAAAGUGCAUAUAAAAAUGUAUUUCUUGUAUCAAUACACAGAUAUCGCAAUGUUACAAUAUAAUGAUACAAUAUAUCUCUGCGUAAUAUACAAAAUAUACGUACAUCUUUCCCGCGAAAAAAAAAUUGUCAAAAAAAAAGAAUAUUAUCGGAUAAAGUAGAUGGAUAAAAAAGAAAUCAGCAUUUUAAUUGAAAUAAGUUAAAGCAUGAUUCGUGCGACACAAAUCGCGUGAAUAAGAGAUUCAUUGGAUCGCGUUAAGUACUUGAAAGACAAUCACAUUCUCUUCAACUUUUGAUAUCUCUCACGAUAUUUUCUCUGUUCAUCUUGUUCACGCCAAGAAGAUAUAUACACAUAAUUACACACGGAUAUCAAUAAUGUAAUAUAUUUGUACUUGAAAUGCGUGUGAGAGUAUCGCUCAGUAGUCAGUAGUAUAAUAUUCGUAUCGAGUGUGAGUGAUAACGUCUUGAAAAUUCUGAAAGCUACUAUCAAAAUCAUAACUCUCUCUCUCUCUCUCUCUCUCUCGGAAACAAUAUUUUGCAAAUAAAUUUGCAAUUUAAAUUUAGGAAUUUUUUCUAAGCUUUCUAUAAAAAAAAAAA